AUGUCUUUAAAAAAUAAACAAGAAUGUAUGAUUUGUAAAUCAGAAGUAAAAUCAUUUAAAGAUUUAUCAAGAUGUUUAGUAAUGGAACAAGAUUUUGGUAAAAAACAAUGUUUUUGUAUGUACUCAUUCUACUUGGAUUAUUGUAUUGAUGGUUCAAAUCAAGAAGAAAAUGAAGAUGAAAAAAAUGAAGAGAAUAAAGAAAAUGAAAAAAGAAAAUUAAUUAAAUAUAAAGAGAAUGGUUGUAAAGAAAUAAUAAAUGUAGAUCAAUUAGAUACACAUAUACAAAAUUGUAAAUUUAAAUUUGUAAAAUGUUUACAUAUUGGAUGUGAAAUAGUUUAA